AUGGCAAGCAAAAGUACGGGAAGUGAUCCGUUACAACAAGAUCAGACGAUAGAAUAUCCUCCAAAACAAGCAACUGAUACCUCUCAAGUUGAUUUAAUUCGAAUUAUCUUUCAAGAUUUAGUCGAUAAUACAAAUCCAAGUAAUUUCGCAGAACAAUUUGAGCAAAAAUCAAAUAUUCACGAUCGCGACCUCGAAGGAAAUACAUUACUGAACUUUGCUUCCCGCUCUUUCCGAGUCGAUAUUAUCAAUUAUUUAUUAUCCAUUGGCGCAGACAUUGAAGCCAAAAAUAACAAGCAAAAUACACCACUUAUGACAUCUGUAAUCUACAAUCAGCUUGGUAUUGCUCAGGCUCUUCUAGAACACCAAGCAAACAUUGAAUGUCGAAAUUCUGAGAAAAUUACACCGUUAAUCUACUCAUCUGGAACAAAUUACGAAAUGACAUCAUUCCUUGUCAACCACUACGCCGAUAUAGAAGCCAAAGACGCCAAUGGCUGGACUCCUUUGAUACAUUCCAUUGUCAAAGACAAAUUUCAAAUUGUCGAAUUCUUAGUAGAAAGACACGCAAACAUUGAAUCGACAUCUAUUGAUGGCUGGUCGCCAAUGAUGUUUGCAUCACUCUAUAACAAUGUUGGAGUUGUUAAAUACCUCAUCGACAAACAAGCGAAAGUAGAUCAUUAUUCAAGAGAUGGAUUAACAAGUUUACAUUUGGCAUGCGAACAAAACUGCAUUGAAAUUGUAGAAAUAUUGGUGUCUCAGAAUGCCGGAAUAGAGAACAAAACAGACAAAGGCAUGACACCAUUGAUGACUGCUUGUGCACAUGGGAGUUAUGAAUCUUGUGAGUAUUUAGUUCAUCAUCAUGCAAACAUCGAAGAAAAAGACAUUGAAGGAAAAACUUCAUUAAUUCACGCAGUUAUUUACGGAAGAUUAGAAAUUAUACAGUUGCUUGUUGACAAUAAAGCACAAAUCGAUAGUUCUGAUAAACAAGGAAUGAAUUGUUUUAUGCAUAGUGCUGUUAAAUCAAAUAUUAACACAAUGGAAUAUUUACUUAAAAAUGGUGCAAAAAUCGAAUCGAAAUCUUUGAAAGGAUUUACUGCUUUGUUGUAUAGUUGCGAAGUAAAUGCUUUGCAAAGUGUUAAAUGGCUGAUAAAGCAAGGAGCAAACAUGGAACAGAGGAACAAUGACGAACAAACACCUCUUAUUGUUGCGACAAUGAAUAAAUCAACUGAUUGCGCAAAAUAUUUGUUGCGAAAUAACGCGCAAAUUGAAGCAAAAGAUAAAUUUGGAUGGACAAGUUUAAUGUUUGCAUGCAAAGAAGAUUGUGGUGAAUUAGUUGAUGUAUUAAUAUCUUCUAAUGCCAAUUGCGAAGCUUCUGGAUUGAAUGGAAUGACUCCUUUGAUAAUUGCAAGUUUUUACAAAAAUUUGGAAAUUGUCAAAAAAUUGAUAAACAUUGGAGUCAAAAUUGAAGCUAAAGAUAAGAAUGGAGAGACUGCUUUGAUGCAUGCAUCAAAUAAGAAUGCUUUGGAUGUUGUUAAGUUCUUGAUUGAAUCAAACGCAACUAUUGAUGUUCAUAACAAAGAAGGAAAAACAGCUUUGACAAUUGCAUUGAUAAAUAAUAACCUUGAAAUUGUUCAUUACUUGAUUGAUCACAAUGCUGAUAUUGAAACUAAAGAUAUCAAUGGUUCCACGUUGUUAAUGCAUGCUGUUAAAAUGAGAAACAAAGAUUUAGUUAAAUUCCUUGUCAGCAAAAACAUUUUCAUUGAUGCAACAGAUAAUAAUGGAAAUACAGCUUUGUCGCAUGCAAGUAAAUCAUUGGACACAGAUAUCGCUUUGUUUUUAAUCAAUAACAAAGCAGCAAUUGACCACAAAAACAAUAAAAUGAUGACACCUUUAAUAAUUGCUUGCGGUGAGAAAAAUAACAUCGAAAUGAUAAAUUUACUUUUAGAAAAUGGAGCUGAAAUUGAAGCUUAUACAAAUGACAACAUUAAUGCAUUGAUCAUUGCUGCAAAACAAGAUAAUGGAGAAGCAAUGAAACUUUUAGUUUCUAAAGGUGCAAGCGUUCAUGCUAAAAAUCACGAAGGAUGGACUCCUUUAAUGUUUUCUGUUUCAAAUAACAACAUUUCUAACAUGGAUUACCUUUUGAAAGCAAAAGCAGAAAUAAAUGGUCAGACGUUGGAUGGUUAUACACCUCUUAUAAUUGCAACAAUUAAUAGAAGAAUUGAAGCUGCAAAGUUUCUUGUAGAAAACGGAGCGAAUAUUGACAUUUGUGAUAAAAAUGGAAUGUCCGCUUUGAUGCAUGCGAUUAAGAUGAACAUCAUGGAAUUUGUGAGAUUCUAUAUCUCUAAGAAUGCAAGGAUUGACCAAGAAAGUCGUGACGGAAAGAAUCCAAUUCUUUUGGCUGCUGAAUAUGGUUGUAACGAUUUCUUUACAUUUUGCAUUGAAAAUAAGAUCAGUAUUAAAUUCAAAACAAACGAUGGAUUGUCUCCGUUGAUGAUAUCAAUAAAGAAUGGAAAGACUUCUGUCAUUGAUUUGCUUAUAAAAGCAACAGAUGACUUAAAUGAAGUUGAUAAUUCUAAUAACACGGCAUUGAUGUAUUGUGUUAUUCAUAAUCAGCCAUUAGUUGCAAAACAGCUGAUAAAAGAAGGUUGCAACUUAGAAAUUAAGAACAAAGAAGGCUGGACACCAUUGUUAAUGGCUUGUGCAUUGAACAGGAUUGAUAUUGCAAUUGAUUUGAUUAAGAACCAUGCAGAUACAGAAGUUAAAAUGGCUGAUGGACAAACACCAAUUUUAUUUGCUGUAAAUGGAAACUUCUUCAAGAUGUUAAGGAAAUUGGUGAAAAAGAAAGCAAACUUGGAGUCCAAAGAUAUACUUGGAAAUACUCCAAUACUCUUAGCAGCCAAAUUAAACAGAAUUGAGAUACUAAAGUACUUGGCAAAACAUGGUGCAAAUAUUAAUGCGCAAAAUAACAAUGGAUGGUCACCACUGAUGUACGCCGCAUGGUACGGAUAUGAAGAAAUUGCUGAAUUCUUGUUUGAUAAGAACUGUGAUCAAACAUUAAAGACCAAAGAUGGCUUGACAGCAAAUGAUUUAGCUGUAAAGAAUAAUCAAACAAGCUUGUUGAAGAAAUAUCAGGAAGGCAAUGGAAAAUGUAGGAUUUAA